UGGCGGAGACGUCUCGCUGCUGCGGCUAGGACUCGGAGUCAUAAUCAAGAAGUGUGAAAUACACAGCAUACAGUUGAAGAAAGAGUAGUGCCUAAGAACAAGCGGUGGUAAAGAAUUCCCAUAGAGGAGCAUCAGUCUUUUCUCUCUUGUUUAGCGUGUGUUUUAAGUUGCAAAGUCAGUGCCAAAGAAUUUCACUCAGAUGGAAGAACCAGCGAUGACAAAAUCUGGUAUUAGGAUAUACAAAAUUGUACUGCUGGGCUCCGGUGGUGUAGGCAAAAGUGCUCUGACACUACAGUUUGUUAGUCACAGUUUUUUAGACUAUCAUGAUCCAACAAUUGAGGAUGCCUAUCAACAACAAACAGUGAUAGAUGGAGAAUCUGGACUUUUAGAUAUUCUUGACACUGCAGGGCAGGCAGAAUUCACAGCAAUGCGAGACCAAUACAUGAGGGGAGGAGAGGGGUUCAUCAUCUGUUACUCAAUCACAGACAGACGGAGCUUUGAAGAAGCGGCAGAAUUUAAGAAACUUAUAGAGCGUGUACGAAACACAGACGAUAUCCCAAUUGUACUUGUCGGAAAUAAGUACGACCUAGAAAAUUUACGAGUAGUAACACUUGAAGAAGGCCAAGCACUAGGCCGCGAAUUUGGUUGUCCAUUUUUUGAGACCUCGGCAGCCCUUAGACACUUUGUCGACGAUGUCUUCCACACAUUGGUUAGGGACAUAAGGAAGAAGGAAAAAGCUGUAGCAAUGGAGAAAGAUGCCAAGAAGAAGAAUAAACACAAACUAAGGAAUCUUGUUCACCGUGUCAUGCGCAAACAAAAAAGUGGUACAUUGAAAUCAUGAAUAAUGUGAGCAACUUAUUAACGAUGGUGCUUUUGGGGGAUUUCACAACAGUGCAAGAAGACAACCAUACAAGACUUCUUUUUUUUUAUAUAUACAACAACCAUCAUACUAAACGAGACCAAGUACAGAAUAUUCAGCUGUUUUUGGACAAGAUCAAAUAUAUUUUACAUCUAAUAUUUGGAAAAGAAAGCGAUUAUGUAUGAGGAUCAUACUUAUCCUGUUGGUAAAGCAAUCAAAAUUUUAAGGGAAUUGAAUCAAUAUAUAUCUAUGUAAAAGAAAACUUCUUUCUUGGUUAAAGUGGCCAAUGACUAUACUUAAUUUAAAAAAAUGUAUAUCCUUUUAGUUCAGGAAGAAUAAAUUAAUGAAAUGUUAUGAAACAUGAUUUAUUGUAAUAUGCAGACAUGCUGCGAUGCUUUCACUAGCAAAUGCUAUUUCAUACAUUCCUAAACUCAUAACCUAGCUCAUUGAAGGAUGUUAUGAUUUGGGUGUAUAUUGAGGUGAAAGGUCACAAUCUAUGUUGACAAACAGCAUGCAGUAUGCUCUUAUGAACAACUCUAGGGCCUUCAACAUUUUCAUGUGUUUCUAUUGGGAAAAAGAACCAUGAUGUGUGAAGUAGCGUAUGUGUAGGAAUCAUAGAUACUGUACAUACAUAAUUAAUAUGCAUACAUAGUUUAUAUACAUACAUAUACAUAAUUAAUUUGCAUACAUAAUUAAUAUGAAUACAUAAUUAAUAUGAAUACAUAAUUAAUGUGCAUACAUACUUAUGCAUGUUUGUAUUAACUGUAUGUUUAAAUUUAUUUUAGUACAUACAUUCUCAUAUGUUAAUGCAUAUGGCAUACUUUCAUGCAUAAAUAUAGAUAUACAGUAGUAAUGCAUGGAGACAUCUAAGGUAUGCAUAGAUUGUGAAUAAUGUACACAAAAUUACAUUUAUAUUUCAGAUAUGAUUAUGCCACAUACAGGGUGUGUUGGCUUAUGCAAGGUAUAAUUUGUCGUAAAUGAAAAUAUUGUAAUUUGAAAAUGAUGUAAAGUGGCAAAUCUGUCCUUUCCUUUAAAUUGAUUGAUUUAAUUCUGCAUGUCCCUUCCUAGUCUUGCAGGCCUGUUUUAUUUGUCUUUAAAAUUCUGGGUCUGUCCCCUGAAACUUUUGUGUCUUAAGGACCAAAGCAUGAGAAGAAAAAAAUUCAUGACAAUUGAUUUUUUACCCCGAUUGAGAUGUUAAAAUAUUGAUAUUCGACAAUUUUAAAUAUUACCUAUUGUUAUCUCAUCAUUUCAUCAGAGUCAAAAUACUUGUCUGGAGAAAAAGAUUUAAAAAAUGAAAUAUUUUUUCUUUGCAUAAUAUUUGAAGAGAUAUGGUAGAAGUGAUGUUUAAAAAAAAAUUCAGUCUUAUAACAAACUUUUUAUGUUCUUGAAAAAUGAAUUCAUUUUAUAUUCUUAAAACAAACUUCUACCCAGAGAGCCUGUAGUAGAAGAGUAAGUCACAAACAUGUUUCUUUUUUUUUUACAUAUUGCAAGGAAUAAGAUCAGUGUGCAUGAUGAUUAAAUUAUAUAACAUUUUUAGGUUACCAUGUGAUAAUCCUUUAUUUACUUUCACAAAAUGUGUUUUAUUGUAAGAACAACAAGUGGUAUUACUUAUAUUGUUGCAGAAAUGAAAUUAUUAGUGACUGUCAUUAAGUUAUGUAUGUCUGUUACGACAUACUCAAACAGUGGCAUAUCUAGGGGAUGAUGUGGUCACAAAGGUUAAGUGGGAGGGCUCGUUGAUAAAGUAGGGUGGGGGCGCUAUCUGACAAAAUAAGGGGGUACGAGUUAAUUUUUAACUACUGCAGCAUAAUUUAUUUGCUUAAAAAAUUUCCAGUUGGGGGGAGAAAAUUGAGGUGCAAGCUUUUUUUUUUUUUAAGAGGGCCUGUGGCUCCCCGCACACCUUAUGUGCCACUGAGCUCUGCAUGUCCUAUAGGGGGUGGGGGCGCUUAGACUACACUGAUGCAACCACUACUGUAGGCGUGCCACCUAAUAUACAUCUAAGCCUAGAAAGGUAGAACUGAAGUUUGUUUUAAGAAUGCAUGUGAAUCCCCAAGUGAGCACUCACGAUAAGAGGCAUUUGUUGUGCAUAUCAUUACACUCUUUGUGUACUUGCAUAUAAGUAUUACAUGUUGCUAUUUUUUCGUUAUAUAUUUUGUCAGUUUUUUAAAGUAAGUUUUAUUUCAAAAUGUGAAAUAAAUCGUAAACAUUACGUUUUAUUUCUAGCAUAAAUGUGUAAAAAAUAUAAGAAAUUUAUUGAAUAAUUUUUAACAAGAUACAACAAUCAGAAUUUUAUUGAACUUAUGUUGAAUUAUUCUUUUUCUAUUCUGUACAUUGAAUCCAGUAGAAAGUCUAUUUAUAUAGGAUUAUUAUUGAAAAAAAAAGAGUUUUUAGUUACUGGUAUGUUAUCAGACUACCGUGAAUGAUUAAUUUAUGAUUAUAAUUCCUAACCUCUUUCCACAUAAGGAUUUAUUUGAUAUGCAUGAUGCUGUCAUAUUACAUGGGCAAUGUUCAGGGUUUAAAAUAGUUCUGGACCAAUGUUCGGAGAUAUCAUGUUUUUUUUUUUUUCCCAUGGUUAUGGGCACAACAAUUUUUUUCGCCAUUCCUGAUGAUAAUGUAUCACGCCCCAAUGUAGCCAAGUCACAGAUAUCUGUCACAUGAAACUUGAUACAGCAGUUUGGGCAGAAUUUUAGAAAAAUUGAAGAACAUAAUACUGUAUAUUACCACAAUGAUUCAUAAACAAUUGUGUUAAUAAAAUAGAAUAGUUUUGCAGGUAAUGGGUUCUUCAAACCCCAAAUCACAUUAAAUAUGCAAAAUAAAACAAUUUUGGCUCCUGAUAUUAGAAUAAUCAUAGAUACGAUAUGAGAAUGCAUUUAUUAUCUGUGAAUAUAGCAAUCUCUAAAAUUGCUGUUAUGCUCCCAAAUUUAUUUACUAACAAUAAUUGAGUUUAGGCUCAAAUAUCAUUGAUAUUAUGUGAACAUAAAUACGAAUCCUAAGGUAAGGUAGAAAAAACGUUUUACAAGAGGCUGUUUCAAAAAAUCAGCUCCUUUGUGAAAAUGUUUUCUUGGUUGAGGAUCCUUACUUAUAAGUGUUUUGAUAUAUUAUCAUGCAACAAUAUUUUGUUUGCAUUGGGACCCUAGUACAAUUCUCUAUGUUGGAAGAUGAAUAUUUGAUUGGGAAACAUUUGAAAUUCAUUUUGUGGCAAAAAAAAAUUAUAUGGUGAACACAUGUGAUGGUUCAGUUCAUAAACUGAUUCUUGGGCAAGAGAGUAUUACAUUGCCUUCCUUUUAUCCCAGGAUUAUUGACAUGGGUGCUUGAUUUAUAGAGUUAACUUCAGUGAUGGUACGAGCAAGUAAACCAGGGGCACAUUAAUAUUACUUUAUCACCACAGAUAUCUAAUAUAUUUUUUAUUUUUAUUUUCUUUUUUUAUAGUUUUAGCGGGGGAACAACAAUCUUGAUCAGUAUCUCAUGUAAAGUGAACAAGGAUUGAUAAAUGUGGACCAGGGGUGCCAAGAGGGGAAACUGUAACGGGCAAGGGUUGUUGUGGGCCCCCAGCGACGAGCGCGAAGCGCGAGAAUGAAUGCGCCGAAGGCACAAAUAUUUGUUUUUAUGGGGGCCCUGUCAAUCUGGAGGGGCCCAUUAUUAGGGGACCCAUGCCAUUAUUGAGGGCUUAUAAUAGUAAUUAUUAUUUUUGAAAACAAUAUUGAAAAAAAAGUGCUACCUACAAUCCCGGGGGUCUUUCCCCCUGCCUUCCCCUUCCCCUCUUGGUGGCACUGAUGUGGUCAUUAAUUUGUUAUUAAGUUGUAAAAUAUCUUUCAGUAUAUUCCGUCACUUUUAAAGUUGAGGAUUGAAAACUGUUGAUGUUUCCAAAUUGACAAUAAUAGUAACUAAAUGAAUUAUGUUAUCAAUUAUUUAUGUGGUUUAAAAUCAAGACAACAGAAAUCCUG